AUGGAUGAAUUGAGCGAAGCGGAACUCCGUUACUACAAUGAUCUGUUCAAAAUCUGCAGCGAAACGGACGGUGCGGGCAAAAUUCCGGCCCUUAAAGCCACCUCCCUGUUCCGUUCGGCCAACCUGUCCAACGAGACCAUCAACAAGAUUACGGCAUUGGCUGGAAUUCCCCAAACGGCGCUGCAUCUCUCGAGGCAACAGUUUUACGGGUGUCUUAAACUGAUCGCCGCGUUCCAGGCAGCUGUGCCACUGCGGGAAGAAAUUCUUACCACCUCGGUCAAUUUACCACUGCCCCAAUUCAGUUGGAUCGACCCGGUGACAGGACCAUCCGGUGCGGCGGAUUCUUCUGCCAUCAUCUCUAGCGUAUCAUCAUCCGCCGCGGCAAGCGGCGGUGUCGGUAAUCAGACGGGAAGUUUGGAACGAAAUGGCUACACCGAGGUGAACAAUCGCUCCACGAUUAAGGUGACCGGUGGAGCAGGCAGCAGUGGUGGUGGUGCAGGAAGCAGUACUACACAGGACAGCAGUGCAUCGACCGGUGGGGAAAUGACAAAUUCCGAUCAGCCGAGCACCGAUUCCGAGGUCGAGCAUACCGAUGAUCCGGUCAAUAUGAUCCGGGGUGAACGCGAGCGGCACACGGUUGGUAUGCUGAAGGGUGGAGGAAUUGUGAUGAUCGGCAGCAGCCAUCCACUUGUCGGUGGAGGAGGUGGUGGCGGACACGGCGGAGGAGGUGGAUCACCGGAAGCGUGGAGUACGGCAAGCGAUAGCCCAACGCCGACCAACAGUGUGGCGGAACGUCCGUGGGCCAAUCAGAACCUGUGGCAGGGGCUGGUGUGUGAGGAGCAGCGGCAACUCCUAGGCACGGAGGAGGAAUCGUCCGAUCGGCACAGUAGCGAUGAAGACGAACAGGAGAUUGAUCUCGAGUAUUUCUAUCAGAUUUCGCAAACGCAGAAAGAGUACUAUUUGAAACAAUUCCGCACCAUCCAGCCGGAUGUGCACGGACUAGUGACUGGACCGGUGGCUAGAGUAUUUUUCGAAAAGUCACGUAUACCGAUCGAUGAAUUGCGCCACAUCUGGCAGAUGUGCGAUGUGACGCGGGAUGGAGCACUAAAUUUGGCGGAAUUUACCGCCGCCAUGCAUCUAGUGGUGCUGCGUCGCAACAACAUACCCGUACCGGCCACCUUACCCCCUUGUUUAUUGCCCUCCCUUUUGCAACAUUCGCUGCUGCAACCGAGCGGUGGUUCGGGUGGAACGUCCGGUACCGCCGGAGUUUCGGUUAGUGGUGUUUCCGGGGAGCUGUCAUCGGUGGUAGGCGGUGGUAGCGGUUCCACUACCAUUGCACAAGUAUCGAACGAGCGAACUGAACCGGCCGAAGCUGAUCUACUACAUCUCGAAAGCGAUGAUAACGUAGAGAGCAGCGGUCGGAAGCGGUUCGAUGCUCACAAAGACUACCAGCGUAUGGUACCGGUACCGGAUUCAUUGGCGUUUGCACGGGUAGCAUCGACGGGGAGCAAUGUUAAUGCAGGUGUGGCACACGACACCAGUCCCACAUCGGUUUCAUCAGCAACCGGUGUUGGUAGUAGCAGUGGUACGACCGGUUCCGCAUCCGUAGCAAAUGCUACGAAGGGUAGUAGCAGCGGUAGCAACAGCAGCAGUACAGCUGUCUCCACGACUGGCGGUCGAAAAACGCCGCCAAAUGUUUCUCCUCCGGUUUUAGCGCAGCAUCAACAGCAACACGUGACCGCAUCGGCACAGAAGGUGAAACAACCUGCCGAUCAUCCGGUAACGCCGCCAAAUUCUAAAACAACCAAUAAGGAGUGGAACUCAACCACGAAAGAAUGGACCAAAUUCAUGGAAUCUCCCACAUCCAACGUCUCUAGUCCGGGUCCAAAGCCGGUAAACUUUGAUUUGCAGCGAACGACGCAGGCAAUUGUAUCCAAUCCACACAUUGUUCAUCCGGUUCCGUUGCGUGUCACACCCGUUGGUGCUGAGACAGUCGAUAAUGGAAGUCUAGUCUACGGUAGUGAUCUCCCUGUCGGAACCGGUGGUCUAAUGGUUGUUCAAUCGAUGGACGAUUCCAGUCCCAAGCAGCAACCUUCCCAACAGCAACAGGCGCAAUCCCAUCAUCACAGCACGCCCCGGGACUCGCUAACGAAUAGUGGCGAUUUACGUGCCAUCCAAAGACCGCAACCGAAGAAACCACCUUCCAAGGGUGUCGGUGCGAUACCGCCACCACCGCAGCGUGAUUCCGGUGCUCAUCCUAGCAGCUCUCAUACGGGCAACAAUGAUUCGAUGACUAUAUCGUUGGAUGCGUCCGGUUUUGCUGCUAGCAGUACGGGCACGGCCACCAACACCAGCACAACCACCACCGAUCGUUUACCGUCGCUGGCGAAGAAACAGUCGGUCGACCAGCAACAGCCCCCGCCUCCAUUGCCCCCGCCAAGACCCUCCGCUCAUCGGCAUACGCGCAGCAGUAGUUUGGACCUGAACAAGCUAAAGCUCACGACGAACAAUGCGGCAAACGUCGCCCCGAUUGGAGAUCCGCUUAAGAUGCCUCCACCACCGGAAGUUCCACCGAGGGUAACACCGACUGGUGAGGCACCCAGCAACCAAAGUCAGCGACAGGCUCAUGGAUUUGCGGAUUUUACACAUUUCCCCAGCGGUGCUAGUGGUGCAACGACCGGUCAUCGUAUUGGGUCCAUGGGUGACUCGAAUAACAUCACAACGAUUCAUCUCGAUGCGGCCGGCAACAUGACACAUCAUUCCACACCGCGCGGUUCCGGUACGCUACCAAAAUCGCUCGUUAUGCAUCAACCGCGCAACAGCGCCUUCGAGGUGUACCGGAAACCACACACCGAGGGACGGCUGACGGCUCGUGGCUCGCAGUCACCGCCACAGCAGCAGCAACAACCUCCGCUCGUUACGUCACGUAGCGUAGAAUCGUCCGGUGUUGUGUGCGGUGAUUACGAAAAACGCAUAUCGGCACUGAGCGACAGUUUACGACAGGUUCGCUUCAAAGCGAACGAUCCUCCUCCGGUCAUGCCAGAUGUGUUGAAGCAGCUGAAGGAGCAGAAUCUGUUGCUGCUUCGGAUAUGCAACGAUCUGAGCGAAGAGCUGUUGCACAUCCAGCAGAAGCGGGAAGAUAUUCGUAUCAAAAUCGAGCUGCAGGAACAAAUCCUAGGCGGUGGAGGUUCCGGUUCGGGCGUGUUGUUCACCGGUCCGUCCUCGCUACCGGCCGUUUCUUCGUCGUCCUCCGCUUGCCACACCCAUCACCAUUCGCACCAUCAUGCGAACCUAUGA